UUUAUAAAAAAAUGUAUCUUUAUCAACGAAGCUGGAUUUCAUAUAAAUUUGAGAAAUAAUUGGGCCAGAACUGAUACUAGAAUACCUGCCAUAGUGAAGACAACUAAAACAAAGACCCCAUCUCAUACGAUUAUUGGAGCUAUACAAGCAUCUAGCUUCAUUCAUGUAGCGAUAAAGAAGCCACCGCAAAAAAAAGAGAAAAUUCAAAGUAACAAGGCAUCUACAAGCGAGAAAAGAAAAGUAGCAAACAUAGUUCAGAAUCGAUAUCAAAAGGAUACGACAACUGUGCACUUUAUCAAAUUCAUAAAUGUUCUGCUUGAUAUCUUGGGAUCUUAAUGAAGCUCUAAAAGGGAGUUAUUUGGUGAUGGACAACUGCGCUAUACGAUUAAGAAUUAUUUUAUUUAUAACAAAAAUUUAAACAACCCAUGUGAGCACAUAAUACUGGCGUAUUGGAUUGCCCGGGUCAGUUCGAGAAAGGAUAAAAGUGUACUAAAAAACCUU